AUUAUAAUACAAAAUAGUGAUGCAUUUUGAACGUAUCAACAUCUUAUGCAAGCAUCCCAAUGGCUGCAGUGCAUUUCCGAUAAGAGGAGAAGCCAAUCUUUCCAAGGGCAUCCGUCUUGCACUUGAAAUAGUUAUUGUACUCAACCACCCCCUCUAGAAUACGGUUGAAAACAUGUCUAGCCAUCCAAAAACGGGGACGGAACAAGUGAUGUUUGAAGAGCGGAUUUGGAGUCUCGAAAUAGUCUUUCAAGAGUAGGAAAUGACCACUUUCUCGGUUGCGAUUCAGUGCCGGCGUGUGCCCUGGCAUGGAGCCCUUGAAAUGAGGUCGCUUCAUACUUACGUGGUCAUGGACGAAUCUGCACAUGAAGAAUCAUCCGAGUCCAAAAGAACAUUGUAGAAAAAAAUACUCACCAUCUGAGUCCAUUUGUAUCUUGGGCAAAGCGUCGAACACCUUGCGGACGUUGUGGAAGACACCGGCCAGAGAGGAGCCUGGCGGCGGUUGCGGGAGACGAGGCUGCCGAAAGGAGUCCAUGGCGACAGCGAAAGCGGGCGGCAAUGGUGGGAGGCGUGGGGCAGCCGAGGGCGGACGGUUGGUUUGGAGGCAAACGAGGAAGAUGAUAGCGUACGUGCCACCAACUGACGGGCCAGGGAAAAAGAAGGGCGGGCGACGAGCGUGUCUGCUUCGUGUCCGCGGCGAUGCAAAUGUCGUCCAAAUUUGGGCCUGAAAUGGGUCGCAGACGGACAAAAAUGAACGGGCGUCCGCAUGAGUCGACGCGUUGGCCAAUUUUUCUUUCUGCAACGACCCAAACUAACACUGGCGAACGAAAUGGAUCGUUCAAUUAGAGUUGCUCUUAGAGCAUGGUCAUGCCAUGUAUAGUCAUCAUUUAUAUGCACUCAUAUAACAAUGUGGUACUUUUUCCAUCUUCUUUUUUAGCUCUUUCUUCACAUUAAUUGUAGUUGUCUAGGAAUGUAUAUAUAGUUAGCCUCUUGCAAGAGCUCACUUCAUUUACUUCUUGACAUCUAUUUUCUUCACAUAGGCAAAAGUGUCAUGUAAGGGCUAUAAGCCCACUAUCGUAGUUGCUCUUAAAAUUGUUUAUAUUUUUAUUUUCGUUUCUAAAUAUAAUUUUUUUGAGAGGUUACAUUAGAAGACUGUAUGCAGAUGUAUUGACAUAAUUUAAAACAUAGAUUCGCUCGUUUUGUUUUGUGUAGUUACUUAAUGAAAUUUUAAAAGAACUUAUAUUUAGAAACAGAGGAUGUAUAUAUGAAUGUUUGUAACGCUAAAACGUGUCUAGAAAUCUAGAAACUGCGUUGCACUGUGAUCUGAAGUGUUUCGGCAUUUGUACGAUCAGUUUUUUUCCCUUUUUCACACCGACGCAAUUAAUUGGCAAGCAGGACAACGGAGUGAAAGCACCGUGCACUCAUGCAGUCGACACGGGAAUCUUACCAUGGACGAUUUGUGUUUGACUAAUGGACAAGAGCAAGAACAUAGAUAGACCUCGGUACAAGUAAAUUACUCACUUGCUUAAGUUGGCGUGCGUGCGUGCGUGCGUGCGUGCACACUUGACUCUCGGCAACGUAGCUGCUGGAUCACAUGCUCCCAUGCUCAUGUCGGAAGCCACUCAUGCAUGCCUCGUCCCAAUUAGCAAUCCAUCGUACCACCACCACCACACGUGAGCCCGGUGUGAUGCUCGUACUGCUCCUUGGACGUUUCACACGCACGACGAGCGCAACUGUAGAGUGCGUAGUGGCUGCCUGCCGCCCACGCCCUCUGCCACUGCAAUGCUGCGUGCUGACCUUCUCCCCAAGGACGACCAAAGUGUGUCGUGAACGCCUCCGUUCCCAUCCUCGAAAAUCAAAAUGAAAGAAAUUGUGCGCGCGUCAGUCAGCAUGCAGCAUGCAGCAGGCCCGCUCGCGUCGCCACUAGCAGCCGCUGGCGUGGUGUGCGUGGAAAGCUAGCCGUCUAAAGAGAGAACAUUCACAAGGACGAGACGAGACUGAGACGAGACGACCGACCAAGCUGCCCUGCCUCGCUUUCUUCUUUCUUUCUUGCUCUACUUCACUUCACUUGCCCACUCCAGCUCCAUUCAGAUUCAGCUAGCCAAGCCAUAGACCCCCCCUGCACAGUGCUCCACACAAGAUGCGCGCGCUACCAAGCUACUCGUACCUCCUCGUCGCCGGCUUCUUCCUGCUCUGCACCCCGCUGUCCGUCGCCGGGGCCGCGGGAGACGUCGCGCUCGUCGUCGACAAGCUGAAGCCGGCGCUGCAGGGCAAUGCCGCCGCCGGCAACGCGCAGCUAGCCACCUGGAACGCCUCCACGCCGCUCUGCCUCUGGCGGGGCCUCCGCUGGUCCACGCCCGCGGGCCGACCGCUCCGCUGCGACGCCCCCGGCGCGCGGGCCAACCUCUCGCUCGCGACAGACGCCUCCCUGCUUCUAACCUCCAUCCGCCUCCCCGCCGCCGCGCUCGCCGGCCGCCUCCCGCCGGAGCUCGGCGCCUUCCCGGCCCUCCAGUCCGUCUACCUCGCCGCCAACUCGCUCUCCGGGGAAAUCCCGCUCGAGCUCGGCAACGCGCCCGCGCUGUCCGACCUCGACCUCGCCGGCAACGCCCUCUCCGGCGCGCUCCCGCCCUCUAUAUGGAACCUCUGCGACCGCCUCGCAGGGCUCCGCCUCCACGGCAACGCUCUCACGGGGGCGAUUCCCGUGCCGGCGGGGCCGAAUGAUACGUGUGACGGUCUCCGGGUUCUUGACCUCGGCGCCAACCGCUUCUCCGGCGACUUCCCGGCGUUCCUCACGGACUUCCGUGGCCUCCGGCGCCUCGACCUCGGCGGCAACCGCCUCGAGGGACCCAUACCGGAGUCACUCGCCGCUAUGAGAGGCCUCCAGAUGCUCAACCUUUCGUACAACAACUUCUCCGGCCAGCUGCCUCCGGGCUUCGCGGCCUCGAGCUUCACCGCCGAAUCGUUCCUCGGAAACAGCCCUGCGCUGUGCGGCCCGCCGUUGCAGCAGCCGUGCGUGUCCCCUUCGGGCCUCAGCUCCGGCAGCGUCGCGGGGAUGGUCAUCGGGCUGAUGGCCGGCGGCGUCGUGCUUGCGUCGGUGUGCAUCGGCUGGGCGCAGGGGAGGUGGAGGCGGAACAGGGUGAGGCGAGCGGCGGAGGAGGGGGUGGAGACCGAGGAAGGCGGCGAGGGGAAGCUGGUGGUGUUCCAGGGCGGGGAGCACCUCACGCUGGAGGAGGUGCUGAACGCGACGGGGCAGGUGGUGGAGAAGGCGAGCUACUGCACGGUGUACAAGGCGAAGCUGGCGGACGCCGGCGGCAGCAUCGAGCUCCGGCUGCUGCGCGAGGGGAGCUGCAAGGACGCGGCGUCGUGCGGGCCGGCCGUGCGGCGCAUCGGGCGCGCGCGGCACGAGAACCUGGUGCCGCUCCGGGCCUUCUACCAGGGCCGGCGCGGCGAGAAGCUGCUCGUGUACGACUACUUCCCUCACCGGACGCUCCAUGACCUCCUCCACGGCGGCGGCCUCGAGAGCAGGCCGGCACUGACAUGGCCGCGGCGGCACAAGAUCGCGUUGGGCGCGGCGCGCGCGCUGGCGUACCUGCACGAGAGCCGGCACGGGGACGCGCCGGUGGUGCACGGCAACGUGCGGUCGUCGAACGUGCUGGUGGACGAAUACUUCGUGCCGAGGGUGACCGAAUACGCGGUGGUGGGCAGGCUGCUGGUGCCGUCGGCGGCGGAGGCCGUGCUGUCGGCGGCGAAGUCGGACGGGUACUGCGCGCCGGAGCUGCUGGCGAUGAAGCGGUGCGCUCCACGGACCGACGUGUACGCGUUCGGGAUACUGCUGCUGGAGCUGCUGAUGGGCAGGAAGCCCUCCCCGGCGGCGAACGGGGGCGACGACCUGCCGUCGCUGGUGAAGGCGGCGGUGCUGGAGGAGACGGCCGCGGAGGUGUUCGACCCGGAGGUGGCGAAGGGCGUGCGGAGCCCGGCGGAGGAGGGCCUCGUGCAGGCGCUGAAGCUGGCGAUGGGCUGCUGCGCGCCGGUGGCGGCGGCGAGGCCGAGCAUGGCGGAGGUGGCGCGGCAGCUGGAGGAGAGCCGGCCCAAGGCCAGCCGGUCGGCGCUGUACAGCCCCGCCGAGACGAGGAGCGAGGCCGGCACGCCGACGACCGCCGCGUAGCUGUAUAGCUAUAGCUUUUACGAUGCCCAGUGAAUUGUCCAUGAUGCAUGCUGGUCGAUCCCCGUUCCGACAACAUUGAUGGGUUUCUUUCUGCUUUGAUGGAUCAGUCAGGAAUCCUAGGUGUUCCUACUUCAAGAUGUGUAGUAGGAGAGUACAACUCAUAAUUAAUUAGAGAGAGAAAUGACGAGCUACAAAGCACCGAUACUUAAAAAAUCUACGUAUCACCGUUCAGUAUUUCACUGAUACGGAUAUCUUGAAGUAUCGUCUUUUUUAAUUUAAAAUAAAAAAAGAUACAACUAUAAAUCAUGACAUUUUUAGCUUUUUUUCAUUAUCAUUUGAGUAUUAUUGAUGUGUGUUUCUUGUUGAUUUUAAUUAUCGUCAUGUUUAUAGGUGA